AUGACUUGGUCCAUCGAACUCUCCCAAUAUGACAUACGGUACGAGCCCCGGCAAGCCAUCAAAGCGCAGGCCAUGGCGGAUUUUUUAGUUGAAGUAACGGGAGACCCAAGCGAAGACGUGGGUACACGGUGGAAGCUCCAUGUGGACGGAGCCUCCAACCAGACCUUUGGAGGUGCCGGGAUCAUCCUGAAAAGCCCGAUUGGGGUUGUAUACGAACAGUCGGUCAGAUUCGAGUUUCCCAUCUCGAACAACCAGGCAGAAUAUGAAGCCCUUAUAGGAGGCUUAACCAUAGCGGCAGAAGUCGGCGCGAGAAGACUGGAAAUAUGCAGUGACUCCCAAGUCGUCACUUCCCAAGUAAACGGUAGCUACCAAGCCAAAGACCCCUUGCUUCAGAAGUACCUGGAAAAGGUUAAAAGCUUGAGCCAAAAGUUCGAAGAGGUCACGGUCCACCACGUACCUAGAGAAAGGAACACACGGGCAGACCUCCUGUCAAAGUUAGCUAGCACAAAGCCGGGAGAAGGGAACCGGUCUCUCAUCCAAGGCAUGACGAGAGAACCAGCAAUCACACUGCACGUGACAAGCCUAGGUUCUUCAUGGCUAGACCCCAUCACCGACUUCCUAGAACACGGCAAACUCCCCAGUGAUGAAAAGGACGCGGCAAAAUUGAGAAGGGAAGCGGCCAAAUACGCCGUCAUCCAAGGACAGUUGUUCAGGAAAGGGCUCAACCAACCCCUACUGAAGUGCCUUCACCCCGAUCAGACGGACUACGUCCUAAGGGAAGUCCAUGAGGGCUGCUGCGGGCACCACAUCGGAGGCAAGGCCCUAGCGAGGAAACUAAUCCGAGCCGGAUACUAUUGGCCGUCGAUGAUGGCAGACUCCAAAGAGUUCGUCAAAAAAUGCGUAAAGUGCCAACAGAACGCCAACUUUGCCAGGGCGCCGGCCUCCGAGUUAAGCUUGCUGACGACUUCUCGACCAUUCUCUCAAUGGGGAGUCGACCUCUUAGGGCCUUUCCCAGUCGGCCCGGGGCAAGUCAAAUACCUCAUUGUCGCAAUUGACUACUACACCAAAUGGAUAGAAGCCGAACCGCUAGCCAGCAUAUCCUCAUCUAAUUGCAGGAAGUUCAUGUGGAGGCAGGUGGUAACGCGAUUCGGGAUACCGGAAGUCGUCAUCUCCGACAACGGCACGCAAUUUACUGAUAAGAAGUUCAUGGAAUUCCUCAACGGCCUGGGCAUAAAACAAAGGUUCUCUUCGGUAGAACACCCUCAGACGAACGGACAAGUGGAGUCCGCCAACAAGGUUAUCCUUUCAGGGCUAAAAAGAGGUUGGACAACAAAAGGGUGCUUGGGCCGACGAGCUAGCAUCGGUCCUCUGGUCUUACCGAACAACCGAGCAAUCCUCCACCAAGGAAACUCCUUUCCGACUAACGUACGGGGUGGAUGCAGUAAUACCCGUAGAGAUCGGUGA